AUGUGGCCGUCGAUGAUCUUGUUCUCGUCGGGCUGCGACGACGCCGACGCCUGCGCCCCCUCGGCCCCCGGCGCCUCGUCCAUGUCCGCCUCGACCGUCCUCGCCCUCGUCCCCUUUGCCGCCGCCUUUGCCCUCGUCGACGCCCUGGCCGUCCGCCACGUAUUCCCAAAGCUCAGCUCCGACGACGGCCGCGAUGGCCACGGCCACGUCCUGCCCGAGCAUGCGCCAGCUGCCCUGCGCCACGCCCACGCCGAGCAUGCCGCCAAGACCUGGCGCCGUCGCGCCGUCGCCUGGACCUUUGGCGCCACCGUGGCCCUGGCCGCCACCCUCGGCCUGCUCAUCAUGGCCGAGAUUGUCGAGGCCGUCGACCCGGCCGCCCGCAACCUCGCCCUCGCCCUCACCGUCCCCACCCUCCUCUUCCUCCUCGUCCUCCUUGUCCCCUGGCUCGAGUGCCGCUCGCUCGUCACUGCCGCCGGCUGGACCUUUCAUCCUUCAAGGACGGGCUCCCCGCCCCGCGUCGCCUGGGCCCUGAACCUCGUCCUCUUUGCCGCCUGGCUCCUGGCCUUUUGGUCCGUCGGCAGGGCCGUGCCCGUCACGGCGACGUCGACGCCCGCCUCGGCAGCCCUCGGCCGGCCCUUCUCCGAGACACUGACGCGCGCUUGCCUCGAGAGGGUCGGCGUCGUCGGCAUCUCGCUCAUGGCCCUGCUCGCCGGCUUCGCCUCCGUCUCGUCGCCCUGGCACACCCUCCACGACACCGCGUCGCGACGCAGGCGGAGACCCUUGACCGAGGUCGAUGUCCAGCGGAAGCAGGUCGGCCUCGACGCGGCCAACGAGAUGUUGCUGACGAAGCGCCACCAGCUGCAGGCGCUCGAGAGAAAGGCGUCCCGUGCCGCGCCCGCCGUUGCCGCCGGCAGCGGGCUCAUCGGCAAGAUGCUCGGGUCGCUGCGGGCCGUGGCGGGAGGCGACGAGGCCGAGAUGCGGGCCCUGCGCGUUGAGAUCGCUGGCCUCGAGGCCAUGGAGGCCAGCCUGGCGUCCAAGCUGUGCCUGCUCAAAAACGACCGGGCGGCGGCGGCGCGGGCCUCGACACCCCUCGGCCGGCUGCUGCUGGCGCCGUCGUACGUCUUCAGCGUCUACUGUCUGUACCGCAUCGUGGCCACGUCGCUGACGACGCUGCGGCGGGCGUCGUCACCCUCGGCCAGCUUCGCCAGCAGCGAUCCCAUCAACCGCUUCCUCGGCCUCGUGGCGCGGCACUGGGACCCGACGCUGGACCAGGCGGCGUGGGCGCGCACCAUCAGCUUCGCCCUCAGCGGCGUCAUCCUCGUGGCCAGCGCAAACAGCGCCGUGCAGACCUUUCACCUCUUUGCGAGGUGGACCCCGGGCCUUUUACGCCACGCCCAGGCCAACCUGGCCCUCGUCGUCGGCCAGAUUGCGGCCACGUACGUCAUCUCGGCGUCGCUGCUGCUGCGCGGCCAGCUGCCGGCCGACGCGGGUGGCGCCGCCGUGGGCGGGGUGCUGCGCGGCGCCCUGAGCCCGCAGUUUGUCGACGGCUGGUUCGAGGCGUGGUUCCUGCUCGGCAGCGCGCUGACGGCGCUCGGCCUCUGGGUCGGCAGGCGGCUUGCGGCGGCGGGGGGCGCAGGAGGGGACGAGGUGUGGGACGACGACUAUGGUGCCGAGGAGAUGGGCGCCAAGAGGAUGUGA